ACUAAAAUCGGUCACCUUUUCAAAUAUUUACCUAACGACAAUUUUGUAUCGAGCAAAUAUAUAGCUGUUUGAUCGGAGAAGUGGACUCGUUCAUCUCAUAAAUGAGAAGUAUUAUGGUAUUAGAACAAAUACUAUAAAGAUGCAAAAAAUUUCGAGACGCCCAAUUCGGGUUUGUCGGUUAUAUCGCUAUGGACCAAGUCAACUGCAAUGGUCUUACGCCUCAACGCUGCCAACGAGAAAUUUCACCAAAGACUUACCAUCAGUCGAGAAAUCCCCGAUGGUAGACGGAGCCAGUGUCAAAAGGGGAUACAAGAAAUUACAAAAGGUUAUGCCUCGAGCCCCAUCCCCAUUUCACUUUGACGAUCGAGAACCGAGACCUUUAAUGGUUCAACCAAAGAAGCCUGUGGUGGGCAUCCCUCCCCGCAUCGUCAGUGAUCGCCUGAUUUACAUGGACAUGUGGCAACAUGAGGCUAGAUACUGCCAACCGAUGCUAAAGUUGGGAUCUUGUAGCCCUUUGCAUAGUAAUAAAUUUUCCACGAGUGCGCUUGUUCAAUCUAAGAUAGUGGAAGGUCAAAUCACGGAGUCAGCGCGGUCGAUGGCUUCCGAUGCGUGUGGCAAAAAGGCGAAGGAGGCUCCAAAAACGAAGGCAGCUAAGACAGCUAAGACGGCGGCUCCAAAAGCAGCCGAAGCCAAAAAGAAGGGUGCUGGCGUACCCAUCGUCACCGGAGGCGGUGCCAAGGGCAGAAUCAUUGCCGUGAUUGGUGCCGUGGUGGAUGUCCAGUUUGAUACACACCUGCCGCCGAUCCUGAACGCAUUGGAGGUACCUGGGCGCACGCCACGUCUCAUCCUGGAAGUAUCCCAGCAUCUUGGAGAGAGUGCUUGCAGAUGUAUCGCUAUGGAUGGUACCGAAGGCCUGGUCAGGGGCCAGCCUAUAGUGGACACCGGAGCGCCCAUCACCAUACCUGUUGGCGAGAAGACCCUUGGCAGGAUUAUCAAUGUCAUUGGGGAACCGAUUGACGAGCGUGGUCCUAUAGACACGGAUGAGUUUGCAGCGAUACACGCGGACGCUCCGCCGUUCGUGGAGAUGUCGGUGGAGCAGGAGAUCCUGGCCACCGGCAUCAAGGUUGUGGACCUGCUGGCUCCGUAUGUCAAAGGCGGUAAAAUUGGCCUCUUCGGUGGCGCGGGAGUCGGCAAGACUGUACUGAUUAUGGAGCUUAUCAACAAUGUAGCCAAGGCUCACGGUGGUUUCUCUGUGUUUGCCGGUGUCGGCGAGAGAACGCGAGAGGGGAACGAUCUGUACAAUGAGAUGAAGAUUGGUGGCGUUAUAAAAGAGGAUUAUAAGACAUCCAAGGUGGCGCUAGUAUACGGUCAGAUGAACGAGCCGCCGGGCGCGAGGGCGCGCGUGGCCCUCACCGGCCUCACAGUGGCCGAGCACUUCCGCGACAAGGAGGGGCAGGAUGUGCUGCUGUUCAUCGAUAAUAUAUUCCGGUUCACCCAGGCUGGGUCUGAGGUAUCAGCCUUGCUGGGCCGUAUCCCAUCAGCCGUGGGCUACCAGCCGACGUUGGCCACCGACAUGGGCACCAUGCAGGAGAGGAUCACCACCACCAAGACUGGCUCCAUCACUAGUGUGCAGGCAGUGUACGUACCAGCGGACGACCUGACAGACCCGGCUCCUGCAACCACCUUCGCCCAUUUGGACGCGACCACGGUGCUGUCGCGAGCUAUCGCGGAGCUAGGAGUGUACCCUGCAGUGGACCCACUGGAUUCCACGUCCAGGGUCAUGGAUCCGAAUAUUAUAGGGCCGGAGCACUACGGAGUCGCUAGAGGCGUGCAGAAGAUUUUGCAGGAUUACAAAUCCCUGCAAGACAUCAUCGCUAUCCUGGGCAUGGACGAGUUGUCGGAGGACGACAAGCUGACCGUGGCGCGGGCGCGGAAGAUACAGCGGUUCCUCUCACAACCUUUCCAAGUGGCUGAAGUGUUCACUGGUCAUAUUGGGAAGCUGGUGAAAUUGGAACAAACCAUUAAGGGAUUCAAGAGGAUUCUAGUCGGAGAAUUGGAUCACAUUCCCGAAGCUGCCUUCUACAUGGUAGGGACUAUUGAAGACGUUAUCGCGAAGUCCCAGUCACUAGCUAAGAGCGUCUAAGCCAAUAGGAGAAUUUUAACCUGAUAUCGACAUAUUUCUACGUCUUUUUAUGAUUUUUUUUAAAGGAAUUUAGUAUUUUUAUGGUUUUUUUUUGGGAUUUUGUGAAAGGAUUUGAGGUUUUCUAGGGUUUUAUGGAAA